GACGACGACGACGACUAUGGCGCCGAAGAGCAGCAAGGUAUCGCGGCAGAACACACUGAAGCUGGUCGCCAUAGAUGGACCUCGCCCGGCGGCGAAGAAGCUGAGACGGCUGAACCCCCUCACAAAUGGCGCACCGACAUUUGAUCUCUCGCCCUCACCGUCCUCUUCUACGCACUCUCCACCUCCCUCGCAGCCGCUUCCUCCAUCUCAGCCUUCGUCGAACAAGAGCAGAAGCAAGCUCGAGUCGAACGGAGGCUUCAAGGUUCCCUCGAUACCCGCAGGUCUGAGCGGAAAGGGAAUUGCCAAGGUGCAAGAGCCUGUCGCUGAUGAUCGAAUGUGGGUAGAUGUCUACGAGCCAGAGACAGAGGAAGACCUGGCGGUUCAUAAACGCAAGGUGAACGACGUCAGGCAAUGGCUCCUCGAGGCUUUUCAACCGAGCAAGCUUCAGAAAUACCGCCGCCUCCUCGUCCUCACAGGCCCCGCAGGCUCAGGCAAAACAACCACCCUGCGUGUCCUAUCUCGCGAACUCGGCUUCGAGAUACUAGAGUGGAGGAAUCCGUUGUCUGUCGCUGCUGCUCCUUCUGGUCGACGUGCAAGAUUCGACAACCACAACCCCUACGACUCCGACCCUGACGACUCCCCCUACGACGAUGAUCCCUAUGAAUCCACAAUGGACAAAUUCGAAGCGUUCCUCACCCGCGCGGGGUCCUAUCGGUCCAUUUUUUCUUCUUCUUUGCCUUCCUCCUCAUCCCUAUCACCGUCUCCCGCUGCUCCUGGAUCUUCAUCCUCUCGGACUCAGACUUCAUCACAACAACAGCCACAGAAACAGCAACAACAGAAACAACAGCUCAUCCUGCUCGAAGACCUCCCCAACAUCCUCCAUCCCUCCGUUCGGGACCGGUUCCACGCCACACUAAAAGACUAUCUUGCCAUUCCUUCUUACUCCUCUUCCUCUUCUGCACAAGCAAGCGAAAAAGAAAUGGGAAGAGCACCAGCCCCAAUCGUGAUCAUCAUAAGCGACACAGGCCUGCGCGGUGAAGGCUCCGAAGAGAAAUUUCUGGACGGGGUGGCGGGGGGUCCAGGUUCAGGAGGAGGGGGAGGGAGAGGAGGAGGGAGAGAGGAGGUGUUGGACUAUAGAAGUGUUGUGGGUGAAGUGGGCAUGGGUGCGGGGGCAGGCGGGGUUACGAGGAUUGAGUUCAACCCCAUCGCUCCGACUUACCUCACGAGCGCGCUCAAAUCGCUUCUUGUCCGUCUUGCGUCUUCAUAUUCCACUACCUCUUCUUCUUCCUCCUCUCAACCUUCUUCCCAACUAUCCACCUCCUCUUCUCGGCGUUCGACCGCCAACAUCUCUCAACCUUCGAUGGCCUCUUCGAAUGCAUCAUCCUUUAUCCAUCUCCCCCCAACAUCCCCGCAUGCUAAACGUCUAAUCGACACAGUCGUGAGCGGAGCGGGCGGUGAUGUCAGGAGCGCGGUUAUGAGCUUGCAGUUUGGGAUGAGGAGGGUUGGGGGUGGGGUGGGCGGAAUCGAAAGCGGUGGGACAGAACGGGAAGACGGGAAGAAGGCGACGAAAGCAAAGAAGGGGAGCACAAACGGAAGUAUGAACAUGAUGGACGCGGCGGCGCUGGCGACGUUGACGAGGAAAGAAAACGCGAUGGCGCUGUUCCAUUUGAUGGGGAGGGUGUUGUAUAAUAAACGAAAAAAUGACCCGCCCUCCUCACACGCCACCGCACGCGACAAAGCGGCGGAGAAGGCGCUCGACGCGACGUUACGCGAUCCGCCGGAGUUGCCGGGGUGGUUGAGGGGCGAUGGGGGUGGUAGUUCCAGUGGGUAUGGAGGAUCGGGAGUGGGAGGAGGAGCGAGGGGAGAAGAGAGGAGGACGAGUCGGGUUGAUGUUGAUCUCCUAUACGCAUCGACGCCCAUCGACGCCUCGCUGUACAACCUCUACAUCCACCAGAACUACAGCCAGUUCUGCGAGGAGAUCGAGCAGUGCGAGCGCCUCGUGGAUGGACUGAGCUGGGUGGAUGCGAGUGGAGGGGAGAACUGGUAUCAAUCCAACCCGUACACAUUCCACAUCUCCACCCUCUCGACACUCCACGCCCUCCCCUCCCCCGUCCCGCGCAAAAACCAGAAAAUGCACAAACCUGAGUUUUUCGAGAAUCUGCGGCAGACGAGGACGGCGGACGAGGACGGCGUGGAAAGUGUUCGGGGGUGGUUGGUCAUGCGUUCCGGGACAGGGUCUGCGUCUGGUGCAAGAUGGAAUAGUGGAACGGGGGGAGAGGGAGAGGGAGGAGACAGUACGAUUCAGCCUGCGUCCCUUUGGUCGAGACAUUCUAUCGUGCUCGAGCUCCCGGGCGUAUUGAAAGCGCUGAGUAACCGUCCCUCUCACCCUCAUCGUCUUCCGCCAACAAAUCACGCGUUGUUCUCCUCCCUUCCCUGGUCGAGGCACGCAUCCUCCUCUAUGGCGGUGACGCUGGAAGAAGGCGACGACGAGGCGGGAGGGGCUAUGGAUGAGAUGGAGAGGGAGAUGCCGGAGAGUGGGACGGCCGUGGAGGUGGAUGAUGACGGGGAUGGUGGUGCUGCAGAGGUGCAGAAUGGGUGGUUGGAAGAUGAUGAAAUCGAGGAUUGGUGAGCGCCGACCAGGGGAGUCGGGUGAACUGAGGAGGAUGCACGUCGGGCGCUUGUGCUCGCGAUCUUCGUGCUUGGAGAUCUAGCCUUAUUUCAACGAUGAUGCUCGCCUAGGAGGAGAGCUGUACCUUCGAAUGAUUCUCUUUAUCUUGUGCCCGCUGCGGACCCAUCUGUCUUGAUGUAAUGUAUUCUGUAUGACGUUGCUUAUACCCUCGCUGGGCAAAUUCACU